GAGUCGGCGUGCCCACGAACUCCGGCGGAAUAUUGGUUCGAACCCAUUAUCCGGUUUCGUGCUGGCGAUGGCGAUGGCGCUGGGCAGAACGCCGUGGUUCGAAAUGCUCGGGCGGAUUUUGAUUAUGGCUUGUGCUGCGUGAGUGCGUCAUGGUGUGGAAUUCGAAAUAAUUCGCAUGACAGGUCGGUGCGGGGUCAGGGAGGGGUUUUCGUUUUUGGUCAGCUGCGAGAAUUGCUGGCUGCUGGAUUCUCAAAUGCGAGGUCGGUGUUAGGAUUGAUGCAGAGGAUGUGAAAUCCGACUGGUUUCCGCAGACAUUCAUUUUCGGUUCAGAGUUCUGAUGCCCGUGACGCAACGACGGUAUAUAAUCAAUCAGUUCAUUUUUCUUCACUUGCAGAGAUCGCUCCCGAGAUCGUGCGUGCGCCACGAGAGACGAAUGUCGUUCCGCAGGCGAUGUUUGCUCUCUCUCGGUUGACUCUCCCGUUCUGCUGUAUGGGUUUUUUGUGUUUUACAACCGCCGACGUUAUAGUUUCUGCAUCGAAUUAUAGUCCGGAUUUUCAUGCGAAUUGUGUUCGGGCGGAGGAGAUCAGAACGGACUAGAACCGGCAUCUGUAUGAUUGGUAUGUAGAACAAGUUUGCAGUGUUGGAGGCGAUGGUGCCUCUUCUCGUCCUGCCCUUGGGGGCAGGUCUUGUUGCUUCAGCUGCUCAAGUGGGCGAAAAUCUUCUCCGCAGACGCCAUGGCUUUCCUGGCUUGAAUUCUCGGUGUUGUCCACCCGUGACGGGCGUGGGUCCGCCAUUUAUGCCCGCCUCCCGGUUCCUGCCUCUGCCAGCACUUCGCCUCUCAGUGACUGCCAGAUCAAAUCCACCCUCUGGGGUGGGAUAUGAAACUUCAAUUUUUUUACACUCUUUGGAGGGCAGGACUCCAAAGACUCAAGGAUUAGACAGCAAUCUGAUUCACGACGAUGAUCCCCGGUUAUUGGACGAAGGAGCGGGUCUCGUCGACAAGGAUGCUGAGAAGCAUGCCGAGGACCCAUUAAUUUCUGAGAAAACUUCACAGCCCACUGGAGGAAGUCGAGGGGCGCUUGCAGCUCUCGAAGACAGCAAUUUGCAGUGUUCUGUCAGCGAUUCUCGCCCUUCUGUUCGAGAAGGAGUCCAGGAAGACUCACGAGGUCGUUCGAGUAGCCCUUCUGCUGCGAAUGGGACGAGCCUGUUGCAGGGUAGAAGUAAGUAUAUGAAUGGGGGCAAUGACUUGCAGAGCUGGAUGCCCUCAAGCCCACGGGGAAGAGAAGCGCCUGAAGUUGAAGGGCGGUGUCAAGCUGAGAUAGGAGCUGAAAGAAUGCACCCGAGUAUCCUUCACAGUCCAUCCAGUACUCGGGAUCACGAAUACAAGAUUGAAGAACAGCAAUCAGGAGUUAAGGAGCUCGGAGAUAAAACUGAUUUUUCGACAUCUUCGUCUAUAGGAGAGCCUGAGGCAGACGCAGAAGACGAGCCUGUCCAGGACUUGCUGCUUGAUUUUUUGGGCGAGCGUAGUAAGAAUUGGGGUGAUGGCAAAACGCGUAUCACUCGGGUGGAACAUCAAUCUGUCUUUGGCAAAAGUACUAUCUCUAGAGAUGCUCCAGUUAAGCAGAAGAAUGCCCCGAAUUUACUUCGAGAAGAGGACAGUGAGACUAACUCGCAUCAUUCGGCCCUUCUGAACUUUGAAUUGCCUUCCAACGCUCAGGAAAAGCCAGCACCUUGUGAUGAUGUCACUGAACGUGGAGGACUGGUGGAGGAUGUGUUAAACCUUGCGAAAAAAUUGCCACAGAACAGUACCUUAGAAGAGUUCAUGAAACCAUUUCGGGGCAAAGUAUCGACUAAAGACGGAAAUUUAAUGUUGAGGGCCCUAGCUGCCGAGCAGAUGACCUGGCCCUUAAUUUCAUUAUUUCAGUGGAUGCGUCUACACGAUCCUUGCCUUCUUGAUUCCCGAAGCUUUUGUAUCGUCUUUACUUACCUUGGUAAGGUGGCGAUGGUGGAUGAGGCUCUCACCUUGUACAGAAAUAUGCCUGCUGACAGUAAGUUUCAUGCUGUCCAAGUCUACAACGCCUUAAUUGCAGCUCUCGCUAGAUGUGACAGGGGAGAUUCAAUAACCGCAGUUCUUGAAGACAUGAAACAAAGGAAGGUAGAACGAGACACUGUCACCUACAGUGUGUUGAUAACAGCAACGCAGAAAGAGACGGAAACAGUGCAGAGAGUGUGGAGUGUGUUUGAUGACAUGCUCGCCAAUGGCGUGAAUCCUGAUUUGGCUGUGUUUGGUAAUAUCAUAAAAGCGUUCUGCUAUGGCGGAUACCACAAGCAAGCUUCUCUGAUUUCUGUAUCCAUGGAGAAAAUGGGUCUCAAGCCAAACGUGAUCAUUUACAACACUUUGAUCGACGCUUAUGGUAAGGCAGGCCAGCUGGAGGAAGCAGAAGGCCUUCUCUUGGAAAUGACAAGCAGAGGCUUGCAACCAACAGCAUCCACCUACAACUCUCUGAUAAAUGGUUACGGUAAGAAUGGUCAGUGUGAUGUUGCAGAGGAGCUUAUGCUGGAUAUGCAAAGGCAAGGACUGAAACCGGACGUGUACACCUUUACUUCUCUUAUAAGAGCUUAUGGAAAGCAACAGCUUACUGAGAAAGCUGUGAACGUGUUUCUCAGGAUGAGAAAGAUUGGCAUCAUACCUACCACUCACACUUACACUGCCCUGAUCAACGCUUAUUCUGAAGGAGGUUGGCAUGACAGAGCCGAGAAGACUUUCGCAGACAUGCUGCAAGAAGGCUUGAAGCCAACCAUUGAAACAUACACGGCACUGCUUGAUGCAUACCGAAGAGCAGGAAGGGUUGACAUGGUCUUGAAGGUUUGGACGGCAAUGAGGGAGGAAGGCUGUGAACUUACUGAAGUGACUUACAAUACCUUAAUGGAUGCGUUCGCCAAGCAAGGUCGGUUCAACGAAGUCAGAGAUGUGUUUGCUGCGAUGAGAGCAAAUGGAAUGGAGCCGGAUCUCUUGGCUUACAACAUGCUCCUCAAUGCGUAUGGUAGAGCUGGAAUGCAGUCUAAACUUCCGAAGAUAGUGAGGGAGAUGAGAAUUGCGGGCCACAAACCGGAUUCCUUCACGUACUGCACGUUGAUUUAUGCCAGUCUUCGCCUUCGGGACUUCACCGGUGCUUUCAAGUGGGAGAGAGAGAUGAGUGAGAACGGCCAACGACCUGACUCGAAGACGUAUGCGAAGAUGAAACACCUACUGAAUGCAAAGUACACCGAAAGACAGGAGAACGAUAGGAAAGCUGCUUUGGGCCAACUACGGGCAAUUAGGAAGAAGGCACAAAAAAAUCCCCAGAGGCUGAAGACGUUCAAGCAAGAGAUCACAGCAUUGAGAGAAGGUCCACUGGCAUAUAGAAGACCGAGGAAAGCAGGGCCCAGUAAGAAGCAAACUGAAAAAGACAAGGCACUCUGGAAGCAAGAAGAUGAUCAGCGCCACCCUUGAAGGAGACCCUUAUCAACCUCGGUAGGGGAAUUUUUUUUAAGUGGGGUCGUCGCCCCCGCCUCUUCAGUGGUGGAGCACUCUGUGGUAAUCCUUUCUUACUCUCUGCCACCGAGGCCCAUAGACAAAACCUUCCAUACCCCACAAUCGUCAAGGUGGCUGGCUGGCUUUGCAGUUGUUAGAGACGACAUCUUGUACCGUAGUUAAGAGCUCACCUAAAGCAGUCCGUGGAUUCUUUUGCCAUCCAUGAAGUACAGAGAAUAUGUAACGUAUUCUCACCAUCUCUGUGUUGUGGUCGGCAGGAAUGGGGUUCAAUUGAUAUACAGCUGAAUGUCAUAUCUCCCAAAAAUUUUCCCAGUACGACCCCAAGUGCUUCUCCGCCUGGUAUCUUUUUAGGCUCUGUCUUCACAUCGUCAUCCUUGCAGAGCGCAUAUAUACAGCCGAAGGCUCCUGUUAAUAUCUGUAGACAGAAUCAAGAAGCUCCAAUCUUCACAUGAGACUGGCAGCUCAGCUUCCUCUCCUUUCUCGCUUGGAUUCUCACCUGAAAGCACUCGGUUCUGCACUAAUAUGUGCUCGGCAUUCGUGCGUACCUCCUUCUGAGAAUACUGCCCCAUUUGGCCUAUUCUGGGGUAAUUUUAUCUGUGUUAGGCAUAUGUACCUUCACUCAGGCGUUUCCUUGCUACUUCACACCGAUGUAUGCACUACACGUCGUUUAGAAUCCAAGAGAUUACGGCAGAGUUAGACUGAGCCAGAUCUACCCAGCAGCUACUCUGGGCGAGUCUGUCGAGGAAUUGAGACUUGAGCAUUCAUGGACAUCUCGCUGUACAUGAUCAUUUUUUUGGGGCAAAACUUGUAAUAAAUCGUUUCCAUUUGUUUUUCUCCCUCGACAGGA